AGAGGACUAAGAACUAUGUAUCGGCGAAGAUCUCAGUGCUGCCCUGGAUAUUACGAAAGCGGAGACUACUGUAUACCACUCUGCACAGAGGAGUGUGUGCAUGGAAGAUGCGUUUCUCCUGACACUUGUCAUUGUGAACCAGGAUGGGGAGGUACUGAUUGCUCCAGUGGUUGCGACAGCGAUCACUGGGGACCCCACUGCAGCAACCGCUGCCAGUGCCAGAAUGAGGCCCUCUGCAACCCCAUCACGGGCGCCUGUGUCUGCGCAGACGGGUACCAGGGCUGGCGCUGUGAAGAGCUCUGCGACCCCGGGAGCUAUGGCAAGGGCUGUCAGUUCCAGUGCCAGUGUCACAACGGAGCUACCUGCGACCACGAGACGGGAGAAUGUCACUGCGCUCCUGGAUACACAGGAGUGUUUUGCGAAGAGCGCUGUCCCCCAGGCAGUCACGGAGCUCAGUGUGAAUUGCGCUGCCCUUGCCAGAAUGGGGGAGUCUGCCACCACAUCACUGGAGAGUGCUCCUGUCCUCCUGGAUGGAUGGGGCUGGUGUGUGCACAGCCAUGUCCUUCUGGAACAUUUGGAAUUAACUGCAGCCAGGACUGUCCAUGCCACAAUGGAGGACACUGUGAUCCUGUGACAGGAAAAUGCAUCUGCACACCUGGGUAUAUGGGAGACAGGUGUCAAGAAGAGUGUCCUAUUGGGACAUACGGUUUUCAGUGCACACAAAGAUGUGACUGCCAAAACGGUGCAAAGUGUUAUCACGUCAAUGGAGCAUGUAUGUGUGACCCUGGAUUUAAAGGGAUUCAUUGCCAAGAAAGAAUGUGUCCAGAAGGGUUAUAUGGCCUCAAAUGCAACAAGAGAUGUCCUUGCAAUAUUACCAACACUCUCAGCUGCCAUCCAUUGUCUGGAGAAUGUAGCUGCAAAGCUGGCUGGGCUGGACUCUACUGCAAUGAAACCUGUCCCCCUGGGUACUACGGCGAAGGCUGCCAGCUGACCUGCUCGUGCCAGAACGGUGCAGAUUGCGACAGCAUCACAGGAAAGUGUACGUGUGCACCAGGAUACAUGGGAGAUGACUGCACCAUUACCUGCAUGGCAGGAACCUAUGGUACCAAUUGCUCAUCAGUUUGUAAUUGCAAAAAUGAUGGCGCGUGUUCCCCCGUGGAUGGUCUAUGCAUUUGCAAAGAAGGGUGGCAAGGAAUGGAUUGCUCUAUUCCAUGUUCAAGUGGAAGUUGGGGUCUUAACUGUAACCAGACAUGCUAUUGCACAAAUGGAGCUGCCUGCAGGCCAGCUGAUGGCUUUUGUCUCUGCUCACCUGGAUGGCAAGGGGAGUACUGUGACCAGCCCUGUCCCGAUGGAACAUAUGGUCUUAAUUGCAGUGAACGUUGUGAUUGUAGCCAUGCAGAUGGGUGCGAUCCUGUCACCGGUUACUGCUGCUGUCUUGCUGGCUGGACAGGCAUCCACUGUGACAAUAUCUGCAGCCAGGGCCGCUGGGGACCAAACUGCUCCAUCUCCUGUAACUGUGAGAACGGGGGAUCCUGCUCCCCAGAGGACGGCACCUGUGACUGUGCACCCGGAUACAGAGGACCCUUGUGCCAGAGAAUUUGUCCCCCUGGCUUCCAUGGACACCACUGCAGCCAGCCAUGCCCUCAGUGUGUGCACAGCAGCGGUCCCUGUCACCACGUGUCAGGACACUGUGACUGUUUGCCAGGAUUCUUUGGCGCACUCUGCAACCAAGUCUGUCCCAGUGGAAAAUACGGGAAGAACUGUGAUGAGGUCUGCCAGUGCACCGAGAAUGGGACGUGCAAUCCUAUUGAUGGAUCAUGUCAGUGUUUUCCAGGCUGGAUAGGGAAGGACUGCUCUCAGACUUGUCCCACAGGUUUUUGGGGCCCUGAUUGCUUUCAUUCAUGCAACUGCCACAACGGAGCAAUGUGCAGCCCUUACGAUGGAGAAUGUAGAUGUACUCAUGGUUGGACGGGGCUCUACUGCACUCAGCGUUGCCCAACUGCUUUUUAUGGAAAAAACUGUGCCAAUGUCUGUCAGUGUCAGAACGGAGCAGACUGUGACCACAUCACUGGCCAGUGCACGUGCAGGACUGGAUUUACAGGCAAACAAUGUGAGCAAAAGUGCUCACCAGGAACAUUUGGUUAUGGUUGCAAACAACUGUGUGAGUGCAUGAAUAAUGCUACAUGUGACCAUGUCACAGGUACUUGCUACUGCAGUCCAGGCUUCAAAGGAAUCAGAUGUGAUCAAGCGGCUCUCAUGAUGGAAGAAUUAAACCCCUAUACUAAAAUUAGCCCUGCUCUUGGAUCAGAGAGGCACUCAGUGGGAGCAAUAAUUGGAAUUAUUAUUCUCCUUCUAAUUAUUAUGGUCUUGCUGGCACUGUUUGUGUGGUAUCGACGGAAACAGAAGGAGAAGGGCCAUGACAUGCCAAGUGUAUCUUAUACUCCAGCCAUGAGGAUGACUAAUACAGAUUACUCACUUUCUGAUAUAUCUCAAGGUAGAGGCAGCGUACAUUGUUUUUCCAAUCCAAGCUACCACACACUAUCAUGUGGUGUGACUUCACGCUUCUUUACCAGUAAUGUGGAUGGAAACAGCUCCAGUAAGCUCAGUAACAAAAUCCUUGACAGAGAAACUGCAGACUGGAGACCCUACAGCUAUCUGAAUGAACUAGGUGCUUGUGGGAUGGAUAGACGUCAGAACACAUACAUAAUGGAAAAAAGCUUCAAAGAUUACAUGAAGGAAUCUGUGUGCAGCUCCAGCACUUGUUCUCUGAACAGCAGUGAAAACCCAUACGCCACCAUUAAAGACCCCCCCAUUUUAACAUGCAAACACUCCGAGAGCAGCUACGUGGAAAUGAAAUCGCCUGGUCACAGGGAAUCCCCAUAUUCAGAAAUGCCCACUUCGUCCACAGCCAACAAAAACAUCUACGAAGUUGAGCCCACCGUCAGCGUGGUCCAAGACGCCCGUGGCCGGAGUGCCAGUUACCUCCAAAAUCCAUACGACCUGCCUAGGAACAGUCACAUUCCUAGUCACUACGACCUCCUCCCCGUGAGGCACAGCCCGACGCACGGGCCAUCUUGGGACAAGCAGUCUUAA